GAAUCAUUCGUUCUCCGACCAUCAUCAUGAAAGUGCUCGUAGUAUUCGCCCUGGCUCUGGCCACCGCCUCCGCCGGUCUGCUGCCCCAGCAGCUGCCGAUCCAUCCCCGUGACCUGCCCGCCGUGGCCUCGAUCGAGGGUCGCAUCACCAACGGCAAGACCGCCACUGCCGGCCAGUUCCCCUACCAGGUGGGACUCAGCUUCGCCAGCACCAGCGGCAGCUGGUGGUGCGGUGGUUCCAUCAUCGACAACCAAUGGGUUCUGACUGCUGCUCACUGCACUUCUGGUGCCUCCGCUGUGACCAUCUACUACGGAGCCACUGUGCGCACCAGCGCCAAGCUCACCCAGACCGUUGCCAGCUCCAACUUCGUGCAGCAUGCCAGCUACAACUCGGCUGUGCUGAGGAACGACAUUUCCCUGAUCAAGACCCCGUCGGUUUCCUUCACCACCGAUAUCAACAAGGUUGAGCUGCCCGCUCUUGCCGGUACCUACUCCACCUACGCCGGCCAGAACGCCGUUGCCUCCGGAUGGGGCAAGAUCUCCGAUGCCGCCUCCAGCGUCGCUAGCACCCUGCAGUACGAAAACUUCUCUGUUGUGUCCGUCGCCGUUUGCCAGGACACCUAUGGCUCUCUGAUCGCCACCAACAAGGUGAUUUGCGUUGCCACCCCCAACAAGACAUCCACCUGCAACGGCGACUCUGGCGGCCCACUGGUCCUUGUCAGCGACGGCAAGCUCAUCGGUGUCACCUCCUUCGUGUCCAGCGCUGGUUGCGAGUCCGGUGCCCCUGCUGGCUUCACCCGUGUGACCAGCUACUUGGACUGGAUCAAGACCAACUCCGGCGUCUCCUACUAAGCACAACAUGAAUAAAACGAUUAUUAACUAA